AUGCAUCGUUUCAAGGCACAAGGUGUUAGUUCUCGUGUGUUUUCCAAACCACAAUGGAUGAACCCCAAAGAAAAGAUUAACCAUUGGAACAUUGUUACCGGUGAUAAGGUGGCCAUCAUUGCUGGUAAAGACAAGGACACUAUUGGUGAAAUCAAAUCUGUAAACCGUUCCAACAAUACCGUCAUUGUUGAAGGAAAGAAGUUGGCCAAGAAGCAUGUCCCAAUGCAACCUGGUGCUCCUGAGGGUAUCAUGAGAAAGGAAUUGCCUAUCCAUUAUUCCAAUGUCAUGUUGCUCCACCCUGAUACACAAAUGCCCACCCGUAUCGACCGUCGCAAAACCACCAAAACGUUAGAAGAUGGCCGUAUUAUUUCACGCUGGAGCAGAUUUGUCAAGGGCACUGAUAUCGAGAUCCCUAAGCCUGUCAGAAAAUACAAUGAUCAAAGCACAGAAGAGAAUUUCACAACUGCUGCAGAUGAUGCUAUUGAGGUGACUUACAAGCCUGAUUUCUCACAACCUCCCUUCCCUCAAGAUCUUGUCAAGGAACUCAGAAACCCUUACAAGAAGAAGUUUGUCAUGAAUUUGACAUCUACAUCAGCAGCAACCGCAACAGAAUCAACACCAUCCAUCAACAAUACCGAAGCUUAA